ACAAAACAAAUACUAGGUCGUGAAGUGUAUUUCUUCACUUCACCAAAAUAUAAUAAAAAUCAAUUCAUAACGUUAACACACUAUUAAAAGGAUUAUGUCGCCUUUAUUUAUGUUCCAAUUUGUACUGUACAGUUUUUGUAUUCAGUUAUUUACAUUGUUUACCUAUGUAGUUUACUACAGCGACUUUCUUUCUGUUCAAUUUCGUGAUGAAUUGCUGCCUGAGUACGAUUAUAUUAUUGUUGGAUCAGGCACCGCGGGCUCCGUGAUAGCCCACAGAUUGGCUACAGAAACCAACUAUUCCUUUAUAGUGCUUGAAGCAGGCAGUAGAAGUCACUUUCUACUCGACAUCCCAAUAGUGGGCCCUGCUAUACACAGGUCUCUUUUUGAUUGGCUCUAUGAGACUGUACCACAGGAUAAUGCUUGCUUUGCUAUGGAGAAUAAGCAAUGCCGGCUUCCUCAAGGCAAGAUCUUAGGAGGUUCCUCAAAACUGAACAACAUGAUACACUUUCGAGGUAACACAUCACAUUAUGUCCAAUGGUUCCACGGCAAACACACAGAAGUAUACAUCACAGAACAAUUUGACUUCUUAGAGAAUAACUUGUUACACCUAGAUAGUCUUCAACAUGAAAGUGAUAUUGCCAACGCUAUAUUAAAUGCAAGUAAAGAAAUAGGUUUUAAUCAGUUAAAGAAGUCUAGUAUAGGGUUUUCCAAAAGCAAAUUGUCCCAAAAAGAUGGUAAAAGAUGGUCAAUGUCUGACAAUUUAGUUGUGUCUGAACAUAUAGCAACUAAUGCUUUAGUAAAAAAAGUAAUAAUUAAAGACAAACAAGCGUGUGGAGUAGAGUUGCUCCUAGGUAAUAAUAAUAAAAAGAUUGUAGCUAAGAAAGGAGUCAUCUUGUCCGCAGGUGCUUUUAAUAGUCCAUCAAUUUUACAACGAUCUGGUAUAGGGCCUUCAAAACUGUUACAAUCUCUAAGUAUUCCUGUUGUCAAAGAUUUGCCUGUAGGUGAAAAUUUACAGGACCAUAUUGGAACCGGUUUAGAUUUGGUUUUGCUGCACAAAUUCCCGAAAAUAGGGGCCCAUGAUGUUGUAAAUCCUGUUAACAGCAUCCAAUACUUUUUACAAGGCAAAGGUCCUCUAACUACUCCAGGAUGUGAAGUCGUAGGUUUUGUUUCCACUAAAAACGAGUCAAUGCCUGAUUUACAAUUCAUGGUUCUACCAACAGGCAUAUCUUCCGACAGAGGAAGUCGUCUUAGAAAAAGUUUAGGAAUAAUUGACAGUGUAUGGAAUGAAUAUUUUGUAAAGAUAUUUGAUAAGUACACUGCGUCCAUUGUGCCUAUAAUACUGCAUCCGAAGAGCAAAGGGACAGUUUUUAUAAGUAACAAAGACCCGAAAAUAGCACCUAUUAUAGAUCCCAAAUACUUAAAUAAGAAAGAAGACAGAAAGAUUCUUAUAGAAGGCCUAAAAAUGGUCAGGAAAUUAGUCGAAACGAAGUCAAUGAAAAACAUUGAAGCAUACAUGAAUCCUCUUCCAUUCCCUGGCUGUGUAGAACACAAAAUUUUCUCAGAUGAUUAUUGGGAAUGUUACAUUAAACAUUUGACUUUAUCCAGCUACCAUCCAGUGGGAACAUGCUCUAUGGGGUUGCCAGGUAAUGCAGUGGUGGACACGAAUUUUAAAGUUUUCGGGAUAACCAAUUUGUAUGUAGCGGACGCAUCAGUGUUGCCAACUUUACCUAGUGGAAAUAUCAACGCUGCGGUUGCCAUGAUGGCUAGCGUAUUUUUUGAUGAGAAUAUUAAAACUAGAUAUGUAGGUGUUUGCCUUAAAAAUGAUAACUUUAAUGAAUACUUGUUUAAUUUAUGUGUUAAAGGUAUUAGUGAGUUAUGAUUAAAGAAAUUGAGAGAAAGAGGGUGUCAUCUGUGAUAUUUGAGGCCACAAAAUGAAAGGGACAAUAUUUUUCUAACACUUUAUUGAAAGUACAUAGUAAGGACACUUCUAAACAUGAAAUAUUUAUUGCAUGUAGAUAGGAUAUUUUGAGCCUUAUGUUUAAAACAACCAUUCCAUGUUAUGACUACAAAAGUUGUAAUAUUAUUGUGAUCUUUUAAAGCUCUAUUUGAGCUAAUACAGAUUGAUUACUUGAAAUAUAGAUACAAAUUAGCAAAUGGUAUUAUUAACUUUAUGUAAAUAAUAUGGUAAACACAACAUUCCUUGAAAUUGGUUUCCUGAAUGCCAAAAACCAGUGGAACACAGGGUGUUAAAAACCACAUCAAAGCAACACAUCUACUACAGCAAUAUUUGCUAUUUGACAUUUCUGGACAUUGCGCACUUACUUUCAUAUGCGCAAAGGUCAAAUUGCAAUAUUGUAUUUUUUAGAUGAAUUGCUUCGAUGUGGCCUACAUAACGUACAUCCGAACAGACGUCUGUUCUUAAUAUGUCCUGGAGCAGGACCGAUAGCUAACGCUUAUCUAACAAACUUAUUUUGUAGGUACAGUCAUGAGCAAUAUAAUGUACCCACUUGAGGACUCUGUCGCACUAACAUAUUUGACAUUUAGUGAGACCUACAGUUCAAUUUGUCAAAAAAGUUAAUGUGACAUGGUACCAAAGUGUAUACAUAUUAAUGCUCGUGACCGUACCUCCUUACAUGAUAAUAAAUAUCUCACAUCCUCUCCGCUCCGCUUUUGCGCUAGUUCCAUUUUUCGUUCCGCUGUACGUAUUUUCAAUAAAGCUAAGCGGAGCAGAGAGAAGCUUGAUUAUUUUUUCAUGAAGUCUUAAUUAUGUCUGCUCAUUUCGUUUCCGCUCCACUCCUCUUUACCUAUCUGGAAACGUCUCUCAUAUCGUAUGGUAAAAGUAGGUAUUUCAAUUGUUAUUGUUACGUUUAAAAAACACUAAGUGCGUUUUCACACUACAUCCGAUUCCGAGAAUGACGGAUAGUAGGAAAUUACUAUGAGAUAUCGGAUGGAUGUAGGGCGCAAGCUACCAUACAAAUAGAUCCCUAGUUCUACGAUCACUUCGGAUACGUCAUUUGACGGACUCGGAACGGAUAAGAAUCGGAGUAGUGUGAAAACGCACUUAGCUCUUAUAAAAUGUAAGUACCUACAUUUGGGUUGUUACAUGCCUACUUAUACAGGUGUUAAUGACAUCAUAACGAAUACUGAGGGGGAUGAUUCAGACCAUGAUUCUGAGUUGAUAUCAAGUGGAUUUUCCUGUCGGAAAAUUCAUGAAAAUUUUAGUGUUUUUUUUAAUUGUUUAGUCUCAUAGUUUUGCGACGGAAAAUUCUACUUGAUAUCAACUUAGAAUCAUAGUAUGAACAAUCCCUCAAAGUUUUCUUUACGAUGUCACUAACACCCUAUAUGUUGUUAAAUAAUUCCUAUAGUAGUAAAAAUACUUUACGGUACUAGUACUUAUUGAAAUCAUAAUUAUUAGGUAUGUAAUAAUUGGUGCCAUAGAAAACCUUUCUUGUUAUUUAUUACAAGUUACAGAUAUUUCCUAUUGUUAUAGAAAACUGCUAAAAAUAAAAUGUAGUAUUGUUUUAAA